UUUCCUCACGUCAUCUGAAGCCACAGGAAGAGUGAGUUAUCUGUCCCCGCCCCGCAGCCCAGUCAAUCCAACCUGAAGAGAAGGCGAGUCCACGGCUAAAAAUAUAAUAGCAAACACAAGAUGGCUGGUUUGCCUCGUAGGAUUAUAAAGGAGACGCAGCGGUUGAUGGCGGAGCCUGUUCCAGGGAUCACGGCUACGCCUGAUGAAGGGAAUGCACGUUACUUCCAUGUGAUCAUUGCAGGGCCUCAAGACUCUCCUUUUGAAGGAGGCACAUUUAAACUUGAACUAUUUCUUCCCGAAGAGUAUCCCAUGGCAGCUCCUAAAGUGCGAUUCAUGACGAAAAUCUACCACCCCAAUGUCGACAAACUGGGAAGAAUAUGUUUAGACAUUUUGAAAGAUAAGUGGUCUCCAGCCCUGCAGAUCCGUACAGUGUUGCUAUCUAUCCAGGCAUUAUUAAGUGCUCCCAAUCCAGAUGACCCCCUGGCAAAUGAUGUCGCAGAGCAGUGGAAGAAAAAUGAAAGCCAUGCCAUUGAGACAGCCCGAACAUGGACCAGGCUCUACGCGGGCAAAAUUGAUGUAUAGAAGAAGAGGGACAAGGCGUCUGAAUGUGAUCCACAAAAUGUAAUCCUAUUCUGUCAACAUUUGAAUUUAACAGACAAAAAAAAUUGAAAAAAAAAAAACAAGAUUAUAAAUCCAAAUCUAUUUGAAAGAAAUGACAAGAUUUACUGCUGCAGACCUCUGAGUGACCUAUUCUCCUCUCUAAGACGUGUUAAAUGUGUAAUAGCCGUUUUUUUCCGUGUUGCUAUUUAAAUGCAUGGACAGAAAAUGACACCCUCCCCACCACAGUCUUAAAAAUGACAUGCAAUAUGUUGUCCUGAACAUAGGCACAUGCUGGUACAUUUGCAAAGUAUACAUCCAUUAAAGCUGUCCUCCUUUUAACACAUGCAUCAUUUGUCAAAACAUCUGUAUGUCUUUUUGUGAUGGUUCUGUUACUUUCAGCAUGAGCGUGUACAGCCCCAGCAGUAAGCAGACAAAAACAUCUGAAUAUGAAUGAAGUUUCUCUUUACUCUUUUUAGAGAAUAUGAUGCAUUUUGGGGAACUAAGCCCAUGCAUUCAACAAAAAAAUAUGGAUUUUCACACCUGUGUGUCUGCAUACACUUCACAGUACUGAAUGUCCAGUUGGUUGGGCAGCUACAGUAGCUGAUUAUCAUCUUGUGCACAUGGGGUGGUAGUAAUAUUUAACACAGGUUAAACUUGCUGCAGUGUUUUCAUCCCAUAGCAAAGAUGAUCUUUUUUUGUAGAAUUAGACCUAAAAGUGUGUCAGUUUGAAGGGCUCCACACAGGAAUUACAUCCUACAAUCCCACACAAAUUCUAACUUCAGGGGAGCUCACCUACGAUGUUUUUUAGGUGGACACUGGAUGAACUGCAAAAAAAGGUUUCAAAGGGAAGGAAUUAAACAUUUGAUCCAUAGACUGCAAAGGGAGGUUUAUUCCAGCAGUUCUACUGUAAAAUCCAUAUGAAGACUCCUUGAAAUUGGUUGUGCCAGUAAAGAAAACGACUUUAUAGCCUCAGCUAACAUUUAAAAGCAUUUAGCCCAUGGCACAAUUUUUAAAUUUGAGCACUUUGCAUUAUUUACAUAUGAACAUUGGUCUUAAAAGUUCCCCAGAAAUUCUGGAUGUAAUGCUCGUUUCAUCAAUUGUAAAAAAAAAUUCUCAUAAUUAUUUGAUUAGAAGUUAUGUUUUUGUCUAGGUUGGGGAGGGUGAGUGAAUCAAUUCCACAUGCUUACAAACAUUUUAAGAAAUGUAGCAGACAGCACAGGUGUUAAACUUUAAGAGUGUAGGAAGCUGAGCAGUUUUUAGUUUGACUUUACUUUUUAAGCGCCUGUAUAUGUUAGUUAUGUUGCCUAUUUUAUUUUCAGUAUUACUCCAUUUAAAAAAAAAAAAAAAA